CACAAGCAUCGCCACGUAAUUACGGACUCCUAUUAUGGUCCAUCUACCCUCCCAGGAGUCUCAGAGUUUCAUUUACUCCCCGGCUGGUUCAGGCAGCAUCCGCAGCGUGCCAGCGUGCGCCUCAUUUGAAGUGCCAGAGCAAGAGAGAAGCAGAGACUGAGCGAAGCAGAGAGAGAGAACGAAGGGAAAGCAAGAGUGAGUCGACUGAUUCUCACUGAGAAAAAGCAAUAGUUUCAAGAAAGGUGCCUUAGCCAUUGCAGUGUCAGUUUCCCAGUGCGUUCAGCCCUGAACUGAGCCAGCUUUACGCACACACGAGCGCAUCUGUUCGGCAUCAGUAAAGCUCAGUCAGUUGCGACCGUGAGUCAACAGGAGUGGGAAGUGGGGAGGACUUUUUAUUAAGAGGACUUCUUGAAAACCCAGAUGCAGGACGCUGUGAUUUUAUAUGGAGACUCUAUUUGUUGUUUAUGCGCGUGUAUGGAUGGACCGGAUGCGUAGAGAUUUGUGAUCGAGGGAAAACAAACAAGGGGAAACGCUUUUUUCUUCUAUCUGUAGAAGUUUGGUUUACCGCCACUGCUGCGUCUGGAUGUGAGCAGCAACUGUGCUUUGCUUGGAAAACGGAGGUUUCUCCGGCUGGUUUGUAGGCGCUGUUCCUGUUCGUGCGUUCUAUGUGCAAGGAUACAUUUGGCUCGCUUAUUAUUAUUGCUCAGUUUUUUUCUACUGUAUCCUAUUUGCGUCAUGACUUCUAGCUAUGCACAUGUAAGGGACAGGCAAGCAACGAUAUCAAAUCGCUUGGAGAGUCCGAUUACAUCGAAUCUGGAAAACCUUCAAGCCAAAAAGAACUUCUCCGUGAGCCACCUGUUGGAUCUGGAGGAGGCCAGGGAAAUGGUUGGGACACAGGCGGACGAGAGUGUCGGUGAGGCAGGGAGGAAUAUGCUGGAGUCCCCGGGGCUGACCAGUGGGAGUGACACCACCCAGCAGGAGAACGAGCAGCUGAACGCAGAGGAGAAGAAGAAGAGGAAACAGAGGAGGAACAGGACUACGUUCAACAGCAGCCAGCUGCAGGCUCUGGAGAGGGUGUUUGAGAGGACACACUACCCCGACGCCUUCGUCAGAGAGGACCUGGCACGCAGGGUCAACCUCACAGAGGCACGGGUGCAGGUGUGGUUUCAGAAUAGAAGAGCAAAGUUUCGUCGGAACGAGCGCGCCAUGUUGGCCAGCAAGAACGCCUCGCUCCUCAAGUCCUACUCCGGGGACGUCACGGCCGUGGAGCAGCCCAUCGUACCCCGUCCGGCCCCCCGCCCAAAUGACUACCUAUCCUGGGGCAGUGCCUCUCCCUACAGCUGGUACCCAAUGCCGGAGGGAGUGCCAAUGCGAGUGCCACAGAAAAUGCUGCCCUCACAAAGCAAUGCCAUGGCAACCUACCCCCCCACAUGCUCCAACCCCAAUACAUCCCAGGGAAUGAACAUGGCUAACAGCAUCGCCAACCUGCGGCUCAAAGCCAAGGAGUACAGCUUGAACCACGUGCCCACGGUCAACUGAGGAGAGAGUGGGGAGAGAGAGGCUUCACGGUGGGGCUGGGGUCUCUCUCUCUCUCACGUCUGUCCCACACAGACAGACAGUAAGACCCCUGCUUGGCCCCCACAGGGAUGAUUAAGAUCUGCCCUCCAUUUUAGCUUGAAGUCUCCUCUCGUUCCGGAGCUAUAGCGAUGGACCUGCUUCCUAUACUGUCCGCAAACCUGAAGCAUCUGAUGAGAAAGCAAGCGACGCGGGGGAAUCAUGAGAGGCUGUUUCUGUGAGCUCUCCUAUCCUGAGCAUCGCUGAACUGUCGCUGUCUGUACUAACCAAUUAAACAAAAGAGAUCAACCAAUUAAACCAAAGACAUCAACCAAUUUAACCAAAGACAUCUAGACUGGGACUGGAUGCUGUAGCAAAUGACUGUUUUUAUUCUUUCUUACAAUUUGGUUUUGACUGAAUGAAAGGCUAGUCUCCAAAGAUAUGGAAACCCUGACAGAAUAAAUCUGUCUGUCAGGCUGUCAGUGUCCAUCUCUAGUUUUAUUCACGGUCAAGACCACAGUGCCUUCCUUGGGGUGAGGAGGAGACACCAGGAUGGACGACUUUUCAAAUGGAGUUCCCUGUAUUUUUAUUAUAGAACGUUCAAUAGGAUUAUAACAGCAGAAUGGGAUGAGUAACUUCCUGAUCAACAACAACAUCAACAAGGACUUAUCCUUGGGAGGUUACAAACAUUUAGACGUUUUCAUAUUUUUUUUCUUCUCAUAUUUCUUUCCAUUUUAUUCCACUGACAAGCAACCAUUUUUUCCCGACGCAUUUUGAUUAAUAUAAUGCCAUGGUACACUAUACAGGAAAGGCUAAUGUAACCUAUUUCUGAAUCCAAGACCGUAGUUUUGCUUAAUCUUUGUAUGAUAUCCUUUAUUUGUAACAGAUAAUCAUGUAUAUUAAUAAACUCAAGCAAAGUAA